AUGAAGGAAUUCGUCGUUCGCCAACUCCUUGCGGUGAAAAUUGAAUGGGUUAAAGAUAUUCCGAAGCAAUAUUCAGUUGUGAGCUUGGACCAAUUAGUCGACAAUAGUCAUCGUUGUCAACCAGAACAAACUGUUGGUAAAAUUGUUCAGAUCGUAUGGACGAGAGGAAAGAUAUAUCCAGGACUAGUGCUGAAAAUAGGUGAUGAAGAGGGUAACCUGUCAGAAGAAGCAGAUGGCUUAGCAGAAGCAGCUGCAAAAAAUCUAACCAAUCGGAAGACGGCGACUGGUGGGAAGAAGAAAGGUAAAAAACGUAUAAAUGAAGAAACCGCCGUAAAAAUUGACCAAGUGCUAGCUGGAAUUGAAGAAAGAGAAAGAAUCGGAAACCAAAUCGAAGGCGAGCCCCCAAUGGAAAUUGAGGAGAAUGAAAACACCAAUGGUAUAGUCAACGAGAAUGCUAGUACGGAUAACAAUCUGGUGGAUGAUUAUAAAGAAAAGUAUUUUGCUCUAAAAAUUAAGUUUAAGAGGCUCAAAGUCAAAUACAGAGACCUGAAGCAACGAAUUCCAGAAACUAAUGAGGUGGAACUGUAUCCUGAAAGUGGCGUUACCCUCGCUUCAUCAGAUUUGGCUUCAACUAAAAUGGCGUCGCCGAAGCCAACGAUACAGGCGAGAAAUUUAUUCCGUCGACUUUUUUCAGCAGCCGAGCUAUCAGGCCACUCGCUUCAGGGGAAAAAAUGCAAUGCAAAUCAGGACAAAGCAACGCUGCCAGCAAUUGACUCUGUCAGACGGGACGCAGUAAUAAACUUUAUCUUAAAAGAAGAGGGAUUCGACGGACCUCCAGCAACAGGAAAUCUUGCUGCGGAUAAAAUAUUUUUGAAGUCGAAAAAUACCACCAGGAAGGAAAUUGUGAAAUCUCUCUCCGAAUUUCUUCGUGAGGAAAAAGCUGGUAAAUCUUAACUAAUGAGGACAAAAAUUGUUUACAAAAAUUUUCUGAAGCCUAAAAUAAAGAAAAUUUUUAUCUCAAA